CGAGUGAUCAUGGGGCACAGCCGGCGGUCGACGACGCUCAUUGCGGUGGAGCUACCCAUCGCCUGCUCCUCUCGGGUUGGUUAUUUCGUGCAUCCGCUCAUCGAGAGGGAUAGCAGAAGAAAGAGGGCCGCUCGCGAGAGAGAUCGGGAGAGGGGGAGAUGGCGGAUGGGUUGGACUGGGAGUCGCUCACGGAGGCGACGUCUGGGGCGGUGGGGGCACUGGUGAGCACCACCGUGCUCUACCCCCUCGACACCUGCAAGACCAAGUACCAGGCCGAAGUCCAAUCCCACGGCCAGCGCAAGUACAGAAACCUUUCCGAUGUAUUAUGGGAGGCAAUUUCUAAACGCCAGUUUCUUUCACUCUACCAAGGACUCGGCACCAAGAAUUUGCAAUCUUUCAUCUCGCAAUUUGUUUACUUCUAUAGUUACAGCUAUUUAAAACGAUUGUAUUUGCGAAAGAGUGGCGCUAGAUCUGUUGGAACAAAAGCUAACUUGGUUGUUGCUGCUGCUGCUGGUGCUUGCACUGUUGUUGUAACUCAGCCACUGGAUACUGUGUCUUCCAAAAUGCAAACUAGUGCAUUUGGUAAAUCCAAGGGAUUAUGGGAAACUCUAUCAGAAGGAUAUUGGAGUGAAGCAUAUGAUGGUCUUGGCAUCUCUCUCCUUUUGACAGCAAAUCCUGCGAUUCAGUAUACAGUAUUUGAUCAGUUGAAACAUAGACUUCUGAGGAGACAAAGUAGUAAUGUAUUGCCAGCGAACACUGAAUCAUCUCCAGCAGCUCUUUCUGCCUCCGCAGCCUUUGUACUCGGAGCCAUCUCAAAGAGCCUGGCAACCAUCUUGACCUACCCAGCUAUUAGGUGUAAAGUCAUGAUUCAAUCUGCUAAUACAGAAGAUGAGUCCAAGAGUGACACCCAACCGAAACACCCCAAGACGAUGGUGGGUGCUUUAUCUUCUGUAUGGAGAAGAGAAGGUCUUCCUGGGUUCUUUAAAGGUUUGCAGGCUCAGAUUCUGAAAACUGUUUUGAGCUCUGCCUUGCUGCUGAUGAUAAAGGAGAAUAUCUCAAAGUCUACAUGGGUUGCAAUGCUUGCUCUCCGGAGGUUUCUGUUGGUUUCACAGAAGAGAAUCAAGAGCCACUAGAUGCAUAUUUUUUCAUAAUAACAUGGGUGAUCAAUAUCGAACAUAAACUUAUUGGAGAAAUCCAAAUUGGUAAUGUGGCAGCAAAAUUGAUCUGACAAUUCACUCGAGUUGUUAGUAUUAUCAUUUCUUCACCCAAAUGGCACCUUUAAUGGAGGUUCACAUGCGAAUAAUCCUGAGGAUGUCUGUUGGCUUGAAUCAUCCUGACUUUGCUGGCAACUUUUCAAUAAAUCAGGUGUGUGACAUUGGAUUCUA